GAAGAGUGUGUGGAUUUACAGUGAAAGAGGGCUCUGUUCACCUCUGGACUGAACACACUGUUUGAUUGAGGUCAUGUUUUGUGUUCACUUCUAAGGUAAGGAGACCUGGUUUGCAGUCGAACGCCAGUGAAUCGAACGGCUUCUUUAAAUAGUCUCAGAACACUGGAAACCGCAGCGUUCUGUUUGUUUUGGUUUGAUUGUUUCCGUUUUUUCUUUUUCUUUUGGAAGAGGAUUUAAAGAAAAGACAUUCACGAUCAGGGCAUUGUAAAGCAGGAAGGACUGACGCGAUUGCUGUGAUGCAGAAGCUUUAUCCCUUUAAGUCCUCGUCACAGAGCUCAGCUGUAACCAAAGCUUCAGUGAAUAAUGAUGGCAAACAGGACACACCUGUAUGCAGUUCUUCUUCCUGGACAGGAGAGGCAGCAGAGAGCAGAGAGACCCAACACAAACAGGAUCCCGGAAUAAUUAUGGGAAUGAUUCAAAAACUAAAUCCAUUCAGGUUUUCCUCACAGAACAAGAUCAGCGAGGCUCUGACUGUCUCUGCAGCAGAUGAGCAAACGCAGGAUCACGGCGGGAUGCGAGACCAUCUGAAAUCCACGGCUCAGGUGUCUGAUGAAGCAGAGGGACAGAACGCCUCGUCUGCGAUCGAUGACACAUGUCUGACAGCACAGAUCGAUCAAGCUGCAGAAACAGAUGUCCCCGUCUCCAGUGAAGGAAACCCUCUGGACAAUGAAGACGAUGAAGACGGUCUGCUGGCCUGGUGGAGAACCGUGGAAGGUUGGAGUGAAUGGAACGAGUCAAAGCAAUUUAAUGAAAAAGAUGGAGAACAAGCGAUCGAAUCCGCCGCUAACCGGGUCUUCAUGUCCGCCAAGUUGUUCGUGCACCUGCUGAGUCAGCGCGAGCCGUCGCUGCAGCGGCGCAUACACGAGCUGCUGACGCUAGCGGACGCCGCAGACAGCUUCCACUGGAAGACGGUGACCGCGAGCGUGGGAGGGGGCGUGGCCAGCGUCGCCGGCAGCAUCACCACCAUCACCGGCCUGGUCCUGGCGCCCUUCACCUUCGGGACGUCCCUCAUCGUGACCGCGGUGGGCAUCGGGGUCGCGACCGCCGGCGGAGUGACGUCAGCGUCGGCAAACAUCACCGACACGGUUCACUCCAACACGGACCGGAAGAAGGUGGAGAAGAUGAUCCAAGACUAUCAGCAGGAAGUUAAAGAUAUCAAAGAAUGCCUGGACUUCCUCCAGGCCGGGAUGGAGACUCUGCAGGAGUGGCACUUCGAGCAGUACGUGGACAGCAUCACCAGACGGGCUCUGAACCAGAACGUCAAGCACGUGUUGAAGGAGGGCGGCCGCGCCGGGAAAGCUCUGCUGGUGAACACCGACAGCCUCAUCAACACCGUCCAGGUGCUCAGUGUGGCCGGAGGAGCCGCCAAAGCCGCGCAGGUCAUCAGCAUCACCACCGGCGUCAUGUCCGGCCUCUUCCUCGCCCUCGACGUCUUCUUCCUCGCCAAGGGCUCGCUGGAGCUGCGCAAGGGCGCCAAGACCGAGUUCGCUGCCAAGAUCAGAGAGGUCUGCAAGGAGCUGCAGAACGGACUGCAGGAGCUGAAGAGAAUCCAGCUACAGCUGCAGAAAACCAUGGACGGGGUGGAGAUGAUGGAGGAGGAGGAGGAGGAGGACGAGGAAGAGGAGGAGGAGGAGGAGGAGGAGGAGGAGGAGGAGGCAGAAAAUCAUUCAGAACCCAAAAAAUACUCCAGCUAGAAGAAUACGUAUUGAUGAUCAUCCUGAGCAACACGUAAAUUAUAUAUAUACAUACAUACAAUACCGUUCAAAAGAUCUGAACCAUUUGUAAUGUACUGUACAGGAGUGUCUUCUGCUCUUCAAACCUGCAUUCAUUUGAUCAAAAAUACAGGAAAAACAUUUUAUAUUGUGAAAUAUUAUUAUUAAAAGUUUUUUCUAUUUUUCUAUUUCUAAGUGUAAUGUAUUUCUGUGAUGCUUCAUUCCUCCAGUCUUCAGUGUCACAUGAUCUUCAGAAAUCCUGAUAAUAUGAUGAUUUAUUAUCAGUGAUGUUCAAACUGUUCUGCUGCUUCAGGAUGUUUUGGAACCUGUGUUUUUAUUUAUUUAUUUAUGUAUUUUUGGAUUAUUUGAUGAAUAAAAUGUUCGAAAGAAGAGCAUUUAUUUAAAACAGAAAUCUUUUCUAACGAUAUACAUUACUGUUCAAACCUUUGGGGUCCGUACAUUUGUAUUAUUAUUAUUUUUAGUUUGAUUUUUUUAAAGGAAUUAAAACUUUUAUUCUGCAAGGAUGUGUUAAAUUGUUAAGAAGUGAUAGCAAAAAGAACAAGAUUUAUAUUUUGAAUAAAUGCUGAUUAAACUUUUUAUUCAUCAAAGGAUCCUGAAAAAAGUAUCACAGUUUCCCCAAAAAAUUAAAAAAAUAAUACUAAUAAUAUUUGGCGGCACAACGAUUGAUAAAUCUAAUAAUAAAUCAGCAUAUUAUUAUGAUUUCUGAAGAUCAUGUGACACUUUACACUGGAGUAAUGGCUGAGGGAAAUUCAGCAUUGCAUCACAGAAAUACAUUAUAUUGUAAAAGGAUAUUAAAAUAGAAACCAUAAUUUAACAUUUUAUUCUGUAUUUUUGAUCAAAUAAAUGCAGCCUUGACGAGCAGAAGACAGUUGUUACAAGUCUUACCAACUCAAAUUUGAAAGGCAUUGUAUGUGUGUAUAUAUAUGUGUGAGUGUGUAUAAUACAUAUUAUAAAUUUAAAUAUUUCCUCUUUUUGCCAAAGGUCAUAAUGCAUUUAUUAUUCUUUACAAAUAAUUGUAAAAGUUUAACUUGUUUAAAAAGUCACUUUAGUUAAAAGCAUCUGCUAAAUGCUUAAUGCAUACAUCUAAUAAUAGCUUUAUUAUAAUGUAUAAAUAUAAAUAUUUCUUUCAUUUGCCAGAAGUAAUUAAAUGCUAGACGGCAAUAAAAAAACAUAUAUUUUAAUAAUAAUAAUAAUAAUAAUAAAAUAUAUAUAUAUAUAUAAUUUUGUACUUUAAAUCAGUUUGUAAGUCGCUUUGGAUAAAUGUGCCUACUAAAUACAUAAAUGCAAAUUAAUAUGAAAUAACGAUCCAAUAAAAUGAAAUAUGUAUUUAUAAUGUACAAAUAGAAACAUUCCUGCUGUUUGCCAAAGGUCAUUAGACUGUAGUUUAGUGCAAUGCUAGUGAAAUGAUUAUUAUAUGAUCAAACAUUUCUGCUAAAUACAAGACUUCUUGUUUUUAUAUCUAUGCAAUGAAUAUCAUAGAGCCAUUUUAUUUGAUGAGUAUUACAUUUCCAUAUGAUUUGAAUCACUUUUUCAUAGCCUGGACCGUAACAGAAUUCUUCUUUCUCUUAUUUAUUAUCCCCUUGCCUUUAAAUCUCUUAAUUAUUCAGGUAUUACGGGUCUGUGUUGCAUUUCAUUGCAUUUCUUUCUGUCACCAUUAGAGGACUUCAACAUCAGGUGUAUGUGGUCAGAGGAUUAUUAACCCAAAAAGAUAUUAAUAUAUACAGUAUAUAUCCUCAGAAAGCAAUAACUGUACAAGAUGAAGAAGUCACCGACACAACGCAUGCCUUAAAGUCAUCAUACCAACUAGACACAACGCAACUUCAAGUCAUUUAUCAUCAAUAAACAGCACAAUGACAGUAUUAAUGUUAUGAAACAGAUUCCUCAGAAGCCGAGCGUGUCUUCAUUCAGUUCAGUUUUACUCUGUUAGUUCAGUCUCAUGGAUGAUAGUGUGUUUUAAUCCUGUUUGCACUCGUCACUGAUCAUCAAUCUACAUUUAGGAUCCUUCACAAAGGUCAUGUCUCUGUGCUUCGUGUGGAGACUGACGUUUGUUGCCUUUGUUUCGCUGUUUUUCAGCAUUUUUUAAGACACUGUGGCAAGUUAAAAAUAGUUGGCAUUGAAUAGUUCUCAUCUGUUUUUACACGAGAGAACUGCUCCGUCCACUAAUUCAGCUGUACCAGUAUUUCCAGCUGUUGAAUCUGCUAUUGUGUGAAAUCAUGACGGAGGAAACUAAUGAGUCCUUCUGAAACCAGAUCUGAUUUGUUCGUGCAUGAUGAUGGUUGUAUUGUACUUUCAAGUGUUUCUGAGUAUAAACAUUUCAACGACCAAUUACA